UAAAGUGAGAGAGUUUAAGAGGGAGGAGAGAAUCAUAGAGAGGAUUAUAAUCAAAAGGUAACCCAAAAAAGGUUGGCCUUUUUUUUUUAUAUCCUCUGUUCUGAUCUCUCUUUCUCUCUCCCUCUCCUCUGCAAGCCAAUUGGGUUGGUGUGGAGCUUUGUACCUCACGGUGCUCUGGAUCUGUUUCUGUGUUUUCUGACCGAGUUAGUUGACUCUGGAAUCCAACUGGGUUUUGCUUGAAUUCAGCUGUUGGUUGGUGGAAAAAGAGAAUAAGUGCACAAUGUCUUGGAAGAGCAGAGGAAUAGAGCCAAGUUCAAAGAGCGUUGUGUCCAGGAAAUGGACUCUUCUGUUCUGUAUUGGUUGUUUUUGUGCUGGGAUGCUCUUCUCUGACAGAAUGUGGACAAUGCCUGAAGCUAAGGGUAUAUCAAGGACAACAAGGACUGAAGAUGAAGAACUGAAGUUGGUUUCAGAAGGUUGUGCGCCAACUACUAAGGAUGUAAAGCAUAAAUCCAAGGACAUUCUAGGGGAAGUUUCAAGGACUCAUUAUGCUAUACAAACGCUGGAUAAAACAAUUUCAAAUUUGGAGAUGGAAUUAGCAGCUGCAAGAGCUGCACAGGAGUCUAUACUUAAUGGAUCUCCCAUAGUAGAAGAUUUACCAAUUACUAAAUCAAGUGGGAGAAGAAAAUAUUUAAUGGUUAUUGGCAUCAAUACUGCUUUUAGUAGUAGAAAGCGGAGAGAUUCAGUUCGCGCUACUUGGAUGCCACAAGGUGAUAAAAGAAAGAAGCUUGAGGAAGAGAAGGGCAUCAUAGUUCGCUUUGUAAUAGGUCACAGUGCUACAUCAGGGGGCAUUCUUGAUAGAGCUAUUGAAGCAGAGGACAGAAGGCAUGGUGACUUUUUAAGGCUGGAACAUGUAGAGGGGUACCUUGAAUUGUCAGCAAAGACGAAGGCAUACUUUGCCACUGCUGUUGCUAUGUGGGAUGCAGAUUUCUAUGUCAAAGUAGAUGAUGAUGUCCAUGUAAAUAUAGCAACACUGGGAGCAACUUUAGCGAGGCACCGUUCAAAACCUAGGAUUUACAUUGGAUGCAUGAAAUCUGGACCUGUUCUAGCUCAAAAGGGAGUCAGAUACCAUGAACCUGAAUACUGGAAAUUUGGUGAGGAGGGUAACAAGUAUUUCCGUCAUGCUACUGGGCAGCUAUAUGCUAUUUCAAAAGAUUUGGCUACUUAUAUAUCAAUUAACCAGCAUGUGCUUCACAAGUAUGCUAAUGAGGAUGUUUCAUUGGGAUCUUGGUUUAUUGGGUUGGACGCUGAGCAUAUUGAUGACCGGCGACUGUGUUGCGGUACCCCACCAGAUUGUGAGUGGAAAGCUCAGGCAGGCAACAUCUGUGUUGCUUCAUUUGACUGGAGCUGCAGCGGGAUUUGCAGAUCUUCUGAGAGGAUCAGGGAGGUUCACCGGCGGUGCGGGGAAGGUGAGAAUGCUGUGUGGAGUGCAGUCUUCUGACAAACGAUAACUCUUCCAACCUCAGGAGGAGGCAAGCAGAUGGCAUGAGUCUGCUUUAUGAAUCUGGAUAUAGAGAAAUGUAUGUAAUAUAUAAAAUAUAGAGACGAAGUUCGGUGGGAGAGAGGGGAGUGUUGGGGGGAAGGGUCUUAUUUCUGGGAUUCUGCUCCAUUUUAGCAGAGGAGGAAGACCCUUAAAGGAAUCCAAAAGAGAUGCAAGUGACUAUAACCAGCCAUUCUUUAAACGCUUUGGGGGACCAUGCUGUAAAGUCUACCAUGGCAUGGCUACAGAAAACUCCAUAAUGAGUGCCUAUAUUUGGGCAAGCAUUUGCUGCCUUAUGCUCCAUAAAUUAGUGAAUUUUGUAUUGAAUUGACGGUUUCUAUCUCCUUUUCAUGAUUUCUGGUAAGAUGAUGAUGAAGAUUCCAUCUUUUGAUGA